ACAGAAGAAUAGACAGCCAGCCUCACACACGGGAAAACUGGAUUGCCUGGAAGACGCCCGCUGAGGUGGGGACUAGGGGGAGGCUGGCGGCAGAUUUCUGAGCGGCUGCACCGGCUCCCCUCCGUCACCUCCCUCCCCACCCCCGGGCCCCUCCGGUCGGGCCAGGAUGGCAGACUCCUGCAGGAACCUCACUUACGUGCGGGACUCGGUGGGCCCGGCCACCAGCACCCUGAUGUUCGUGGCAGGUGUGGUGGGCAACGGGCUGGCCCUGGGCAUCCUGGGGGCGCGGCGGCGGUCACGCCCAUCGGCCUUCGCCGUCCUGGUCACCGGGCUGGCCGUCACUGACCUGCUGGGCACGUGUUUCCUGAGCCCUGCGGUGUUCGUGGCCUACGCCCGAAACAGCUCGCUGCUGGGCCUGGCCCGUGGCCACCCCGUGCUGUGCGACACCUUCGCCUUCGCCAUGACCUUCUUCGGCCUGGCCACCACGCUCAUCCUCUGCACCAUGGCCGUGGAGCGCUGCCUGGCGCUCAGCCACCCCUACGUCUACGCCCAGCUGGACGGGCCGCGCUGCGCCCGCCUGGCGCUGCCCGCCGUCUACGCCUUCUGCACCCUCUUCUGCUCCUUGCCGCUGCUGGGCCUGGGCCAGCACCAGCAGUACUGCCCGGGCAGUUGGUGUUUCAUCCGCCUGCGCUCCACCGAGCCGGGGGGCUGCGCCUACUCCCUGGCCUACGCCAGCCUCGUGGCCCUGCUGGUGACUGCCAUUGUCUUCUGCAACGGCUCUGUCACCCUCAGCCUCUGCCGCAUGUAUCGCCAGCAGAGGCGCCACCAGGGCUCGCUGGUCCCAGGCCCCGGGGCACGGGCACGCGAGGACGAGGUGGACCACCUGAUCCUGCUGGCCCUCAUGACAGGCAUCAUGGCCGUGUGCUCCCUGCCUCUCACGAUCCGCGGCUUCACCCAGGCCAUCGCCCCAGACAGCAGUGAGACGGGGGACCUGCUCGCCUUCCGUUUCAACGCCUUCAACCCCAUCCUGGACCCCUGGGUCUUCAUCCUUUUCCGCAAGGCUGUCUUCCAGCGCCUCAAGCUCUGGCUCUGCUGCCUCUGCCCCAGGCCCGCCCGCGCGCCCCUGCAGAGCCCCCUGUCCCAGCGCGCCUCGGGGGGGAAGGACCCAAGGGCCCCUGCCGCUCUCGGGGGGAAGGAGGGGAACUGGGUGCCUCUGUCGGCCUGGGGCGAGGCGCGGGGGGCACGCCUGCCCCCCGCGCAGCGCUCGGGCAGCACCGUGGGAACGCUGUCCAAAGCGGAGUCCGCGGCAGCCUGCUCCCUCUGCUGA